GAAAUCUCUGGAGGUGGACGUAGAGGCGGAUUCGUUUGGCACGAACGAGCGGGUGCUAAUGGGCGACCAGACGUUGAAGAUGUGCUUGGCGUGUUUUUUGAACACAACGUGAAUGCGUCCUCCCAGGGCGUGGCUGCAUACGGCCUCGAUGAAAUGGAAGCCCAGGAAAUGGAUGACGAAGCCGUCGCGACAACUUUUCUCACUACAGGAGAAUCAGAGUCAGUUAUUACCGAACCUGGCGCAGGUGGAUCCCGUCGACGGGCUUCGAGCGUUCCCGCGUCACUCACGACUGGUAUCGACACUAGAAACGGGACUAUUGAAGAUAUCAGCACAGUUGCAGUGGCAGUUGCUAGUGGCAGCCGAUCAACGUCGAGCAUUGCUGCAUUGCAAUUAGACGGACAAGAUGCUUCUAACCAGCUGGGGAAUGAUAUUAGAUCUCACUUCGCGUUCUCACAGAGAGCAGCCACUCGCUCUCCACGAUCUUCAUCCUCAUCUACUUUCGUUCAACCUGCCGCGUCUCGCAGGUCGAUGCUUGUAAGUGCGCGACAACGCUCGCUGCGCGGAUCCGCUACACCCGCAACUAAUAGUAUGAUUCCAGCGGUCGCGGCGACCCCGUCCACCA